GCCACUACUAUCCUUUCGAUCGAUUGUUACUGCGUCGGCGUAGUUAUAAAUGUCUCGUUUUUGUGAAAACGCUUUCUUGUGCUAGGUAUUGAAUCAUUUAUCGACAACUUUCCGGUCAUAGUUUUUUUAUAGAAUCUACAUAGUAUUAAAGACGAGACGUGCCAAGUGAAACGCCUGUUCGAAACGUAGUAAAAUUCAAUCUUAGUGUUCAGGUGAAUACUGUGCACAACAACUGGAUUUAUCUGUACGUGUGUCAAAAGGAUUGACUCUUCAUACGACUAGGUUUGAGAAGAAGUUAAGCGGGCCCACUCAAAACUUCGCAGUCAAGACAAUCAAAAUCAGUUGAAUUCAAUCUUAUAGUAUUCCAGUACUAUAUUAUUACAUUCAUACAUUAGAAACAAACAAAGCGUUAGAUUUCAUUACAGCAUGUCCGCCAUCAAUCUUCUCCGAGAAGUGCUUAAGGCAUCCGAAAAGGCUGCUAACAUAGCUCGUGUCUGCCGCCAAAAUCCAAUCCUAUUUAGCUUGUUGGUACAAGAAAAAAAUAAAGACGAAUCGAAUACCCGAUUUGCUCAUGAUUUCAAAACACUGGCCGAUUGUCUGAUACAGGAGAUGAUAAAACAUGACAUUGGAAAACAGUUUCCGGAAUUACGUGACAACAUCCGAGGAGAAGAGAAUGCAAAAUUUACCAAUACAGCGGGCGAAUCUAUCAUAGUAUCAGUGACGGACGAUCCAGGCAACACUACUAAGGCCCUUGAAAAGAUUCUUAAUGGCGACAAAGUAUCCGCAGCUGCCCUUGUCGAUGAGGUUUAUCGGGAAGUUGAAAUUGACUUUGAAAGUUUGGAAUUACCUACUGAUUCAAUACCGUUAGACAAUGAUUGGUCACAAUUGGGUAUUUGGAUUGAUCCAAUCGAUGGUACUGCCGAAUACAUCAAAGGCGAAGAAAAAUUAACCAAAUAUUCGAAUAUUGUGUCAUCCGGUCUAAAAUGCUGCACAGUACUGAUUGGUGUUUAUGAAACAUGCAAGGGCACCCCUAUUCUUGGCGUAAUCAAUCAACCAUUUGCGGAAAAAAUCAGUAAUCAGGAAGAGUUCCGUGAGGAGUACAGAAGUAAAAUUUUCUGGGGCCUAUCGGUGGGUGAUUUAAAGUUUAACAACAUAGCUUCUCAGGGAACUGAUGCUCGUAUUGCUAUACUAUCUCCGUCCGAACAAUCAAAGUAUGUUGAAUUCAUUCGGAAUCAGCUAAAAUAUGACGUAGUUUAUUCUUCGGGCGCUGGUUACAAAAUACUAAAGAUAGCUACUGGAGAAGCAGAACUUUUUCUUCUCAGCAAGGGAACUACGUACAAGUGGGACACUUGUGCACCUCAAGCAAUUCUCCGUUCAAUGAAUGGUGAUCUAUUCGACCUGCAGGAUACAUUGAUUAAUAAGUCGGUUAAGAAAAUUUCAUACCAUGAUCAUAAAGUAACCCGUAAUAUCGGUGGACUUAUUGCUUACCAGAACAUCGAUAAACUUCGAGAAUUUCUGAAAUUGUAAGCUUAUCAAAUCUUAGGCGUACAUACGCCAACUUAUACGCUUUCCGGUAUCAAUUAUAUAUUACAUGAUACAUAUUUGGAGAGUUGUUGUAGUCCAAGUGGGCCGGUCCCGUAGUUCAGUCGUCCACCGUACGACGUAAAUAAUGCCCAUCAUGGGAUCAAAAUUCGAAUGGACCUAGCUGAGUGUAAACUAAUCAAGUCAAAUUUAGUAACCCCAUUCAUUACUGGCUUAAGCUGGCCUAGAGACAGACUAUGUAGCAGCUCGAAGGAUGUUACGUCAAACAAGAAGAAAAAUAGUUUCGGGUAGCUGUUAAUAUUUGUUGAAAUAUAGAUACCUAAAUGUUUAGAAAACAUUCGUAGAAGAUGAUGUUUGACUUAGAAAAUAUAACUAAGCAUUUGUUUUCAUUCCAUUAAUCAAUGUAUAAAGUUAGAAUAUUUAAUGGAAAGUUGUCGUAAA